UGCCUACAACACGAGCCGGAGGAUUUGAGCCUUGCCACCUUGACUAGUCCUUACGCCGAGACUUUCGACUCUGAAGACCUUUUGCAGUUCACCGAAGAUAUCGAUUCUGCCACAAUACCCGAUAAUGUUUGUCUGGGUGCUGAGUAUCGAUCCCCCGGUUUUGGAUCGUGCGACUUGGACCCUGCCGUUAUUGUUGGCCAGCACCUUCAAGCUAUCGUAUCGCAACAUAUCUGGACGAAUGUCCUUCGAAUUGCUCUCGCUUCCCGAAUCAAGACCCGUCUUUCUAGCGCAGAGGACACUAAAAAGGAGACGGUGGAUCAUGAUAGCCAGUCCUCCAAAGUACAGAAAUUUCCACCUAUAGGGAAGAGAAAAGCAAACAAUUGUUCCUCUCGGUCCAUUAGAGGGCCCGGUCGUGGAAAGAACGGUUCAUUUCCUGCUAUUCGUGCCCAAUUCUCAGCCCUUUCAGUUGAAGACCGGCUACAGUUCCUCUCUUGGCUGUUUAAGAGUGCUAUAUCACACCACAUUUCUACGCGUGCCAACACAGAUGCCGCCUCUGUAUCAAGAUCCAUUCCGAGUCAAGACGUGAGCAUCUCCUGCGACUAUCCAAGCUCAAACACCGAACUAGUUGAUGUGCAACCUACUCCUACGAGGAAAGGCCUACCGUGGUCCGUGGAAGAAAGUCAUUUAUUGGUGAAGCUCAGGGAAGAACAGAAUCUCGCGUGGUCGGAGAUGACGAAGCUUUUUGCACAGAAAUUCCCUGGAAGGAGCAAAGGGUCCAUACAGGUGUACUGGAGCACGACGCUCAAGAAACAGCGUUGA